AAUGUCUCCUACUGAGAUAUGGAAGAGGAACAAAGAGAUGGGCUUGGCCCUCUGUUUGAGAGCAGGAGAGGGAAGAAUUGGGUAUUUCACAGGGUUUUCUCAUUCUGUGUGUUUGUGGGCAUUGUUUUGGUGUGGGUUUAUAGAGCUACGCACGUCCCAAGCAGAGGAGAGAAGGGGCGAUGGGCUUGGAUUGGGCUCUUCGGGGCUGAGGUCUGGUUUGGAUUCUAUUGGGUUUUAACGCAAUCUUUGCGCUGGAAUCCCAUAUAUCGUUGCACCUUCAAGCACAGGCUUUCUCAAAGAUUUGAGGAUAAAUUGCCCAGAGUGGAUGUUUUUGUAUGUACUGCCGAUCCCACAAUAGAACCACCAGUUAUGGUUAUUAACACAGUGUUGUCAGUAAUGGCCUAUGACUACCCAGCAGAGAAGCUCAGUGUAUAUUUAUCCGAUGAUUUUGGGUCUAAAUUUACAUUCUAUGCACUCUUGGAGGCAUCAAUCUUUGCAAGAUCCUGGCUUCCUUUCUGUAGGAAAUUCAAGGUUGAGCCUAGAUCUCCAGCUGUGUAUUUCUCAGAAUCAUCGAAAAUACUAGAUGAUCCCAAAACAGAAGAAAGGGUGAGAAUGAAGAAAUUGUACGAAGAGAUGGAGAGAAAAAUAAAUGCUGCAGUGGCAAUUGGAGGGAUUUCAGAAGAGAUGCAGAAACAACACAAAGGAUUUGCAGAGUGGACUUCUAUGGUGAGUUCACGUAAUCACCCCGCCAUCGUCCAGGUAUUAAUUGAUGGAAGAGAUCAGACUGAAUGUGAUUCUGGAGGAUGCUCACUACCUACUCUUGUUUACAUGGCUCGCGAGAAAAGACCCGAAUACCAUCAUAACUUUAAAGCUGGAGCGAUGAAUGCAUUGCUUAGGGUAUCAUCCGAGAUAAGUAACGGGCCAGUCAUUCUCAAUGUGGACUGUGAUAUGUAUUCUAACAACUCAGAAUCAGUGAGGGAUGCUCUGUGCUUCUUUAUGGAUGAAGAGAAAGGUCGGGAGAUUGCUUAUGUGCAGUUUCCUCAAAACUUUGAUAAUGUCACAAAGAAUGAUCUCUAUGCAAGUUCCUUGAAAUUUAUUAGUGAUGUGGAUUUUCACGGCAUGGAUGGUCAUGGCGGACCACUUUAUAUUGGUUCUGGUUGUUUUCAUAGAAGAGAGAGCUUAUGUGGGAAGAAAUACAGUGAAGCGUAUAAGGCUGAAUUAAGAGGAGACAGGCCUAGCAUAGCUCAAUCAAAUGUAUACACCUUGGAAGAGAGAGCAAAGAACCUAGCCACAUGCACAUACGAAGAAAACUCUCAAUGGGGAAAAGAGAUGGGAUUGAAGUAUGGCUUCCCUGUAGAGGAUGUGAUCACUGGCCUCUCAAUACAAUGCAAAGGAUGGAAGUCCGUUUAUUACAAUCCUCAAAGGAAAGGAUUCUUAGGCGUUGCUCCAUCGACGCUGUCACAAACACUUGUGCAGCAUAAGAGGUGGUCUGAAGGAGAUUUCCAGAUAUUUCUGUCAAAGUAUUGUCCCUUUAUAUAUGGGCAUGGGAGAAUAUCUCUUGGCCUUCAGAUGUGUUACUCCACGUAUUUCUUUUGGGCCCCUAACUCACUGCCGAUUCUAUACUAUGCCAUCGUCCCUGCUCUUUUUCUUUUUAACGGAAUUUCCCUGUUCCCAAGUCUCUCCAGCUUGUGGUUCAUAUCAUUUGCAUUUGUAGCCGGAGCCAGUUUCAUUUACAGCAUAGUUGAAUGCCUCUGUCUAGGAUACACACUGCAAGGGUGGUGGAAUGAACAAAGGAUAUGGCUGUUUAAGAGGACAACCUCAUACCUUUUUGCACUAGUAGACACAUUCCUCAAAUUGCUAGGUGUUACAAAGUCGGCAUUCAUAAUUACUGCAAAGGUAGUUGAUGAAGAGGUCUCAAAGAGGUAUGAAAAUGAGAUGAUGGAGUUUGGCUCAUCUUCCCCGAUGUUUGUCAUUCUCACUACAAUUGCAAUGCUCAAUCUUCUUUGCUUAGCUAUUGGAGUUAAGAGAAUGGUAAUGGAUGAGGGAGUUGAGAUUUUAGAUUCACUACUUCUGCAAAUUCUCAUUUGUGGGCUUAUAGUUCUGAUUAAUGCUCCAGUUUACCAGGCUUUGUUCUUAAGAAGUGAUAAUGGCCGCAUGCCAACUAACGUAAUGUUUGCUUCAGCCUUUUUGGUUCUGAUAGCUUAUAUGAUUCCUAUGGUGUAGCCUUAUGACGAAGUCCUUCUUUCAAUCUGCUAUUUUGGUGUAGUUUGCUUGUUUCUCGUAAAUUUUUCAAUAACAUCUUGGUUUAAUUAUUCUAGUAGAUUACAGUUGUAUAACAUACAAAUAAUAAAUAUUCUAUAGUGAAAAUUGUAGCAAUGAAAUUCUCAUGCACCAAAAAAGGAAAUUAUGCCGUGGUUAUUCCA